AUGGCCGUUAAUAACUUUCUUCUGCUUAUUCUUAUUGCAAUUCUUGAAGCUGCAGAUGGGAAUCUCUCUACAAAUUACUACUCUUCGACGUGCCCGAAAGCACUAUCCAUUGUUCGGGAAGGAGUGAGAAAAGCGAUCAAGAACGAAACCAUAAUGGGUGCAUCGUUGCUUCGAUUGCACUUCCAUGAUUGUUUUGUCAAUGGCUGUGAUGGUUUGAUACUGUUGGAUGAUUCUGCAAACUUUGUAGGCGAGAAAACAGCAGUACGUAACAAUAAUUCCAUCAGAGGAUACAAUGUGAUUGAUGAAAUCAAAGCUCAGGUAGAGAAAGCCUGCCCUGAAGUGGUUUCCUGCGCUGAAGUUGUCGCUAUUACAGCGCGCGACUCUGUUGUAUCUGUUAGCAUAUAUACAUGAACUCUUUCUCAAUAGUCAGAAGUUGUGCUGACUCUUAUUCUCAUGGUUUGAUUUGAUGCUUUGGCAAUGGCAGUUAGGGGGUCCAUCAUGGGAAGUAAGGUUGGGAAGAAGGGAUUCUCUGACCGCAAGCAGGAGUGCCGCAGACACUUCUCUUCCUCGAUCCAAAACUAAUUUAACUGGUCUUAUAUCAAAUUUCUCUGCAGUUGGGCUCUCAUUGAAGGACAUGGUAGCCCU